UUUGAGCCACUGCCCCUUGCUUCUCUCUGCCCAGGGGACACAGAGGUGCAGAGAGGAGGUGACAGCCAGCCGUGCUCCAGUCUCCUCCUUCCCAUUUUGGAGCAUCCUUCUCAAUGUGUCACCUCCAAGACAGUUUCACUGUCCAAAGUGCAAGGCCAGCACCCGCAGAGGACUGCAGGCUCCCAGGGAUCUCUGCAACAUACAGCGCUCACAGUCACACUAGCCUGCUUUCUUUGGGGCUUGCUUGAACCAGAUCUGCCCCUCUGGGGCACGGAGGGACCUUCUGUGCUGCACAGAAGUGAGUCUCCAUGGACCCACACAUGGCCAUGCUACAGGACCUGAAUGCCCUUGUACAGGGACACCUUCAGUGCGUUUCCACAGUGCAUCAAAGGGUGCCUGGAGAAGAGGAAAGAGUCAUCAUGAAAUGAAGCGCUGCAAUGCUUCCCCUCCAUCUUUCACCUCCUUCAGUCUUUCAAGGUCAUUAGGCAGAAGGGAUUGGGGAAAUGCAAAGUUUGGUUAUCCAGACUGCUCUAUAGACGUCCUGGAUCGGGAGCUGGAGGAGAAGUGCCGGGCAAUGGAGGUUCAGCUGCACGAGAAGGAGAAGGACAACCUGGAGCUGCGCAAGGAGCUGCAGCACAAGGAGAUGCUGGUGGCUGCGCUACGAUCCAGCCUCCGCAACAAGGAGCGCCGGUUCUUGGAGGAGCUAAAGCGGCGAAGCCACCGCGUCACCAUCCUCGACACCGAGCUGCAGAAGCAGACGGAGGCGGCCGCCUACCUCUCCCUGCAGCUGCACACCACGGCCCAGCGGCUGCCGGGCUCCCGGGCAGGUGGGCGGCCGCCCCCCGAGCAGCCCGUUACCGGCCCCUCAACUGAAAGCAGACCCCGGCGUCGCAGCCACAGAGUGCACCCCCGGCGCCCACCUGGGGACGGUGCCUGCCCAAGGGACCCGAUGCAAGAGGAGCACGAUGCCAUGCCCGACCCAGCUCUCUUCCUCUACACGGCACGGCAGCACGCCCUGCAGCGCCUACCACCAGAGCCCCGCACCCCAGCCCACGGCACGGCCAGCACUGCCACGGCCCCCCGGGCGCAGAGGCCACCCCGGCAGCCUGCGCAGGAGCCAGUGGUCAGGGCCAGGUCAACCAAGGGCGAGCCUGGCAAGAAGCAGGGGUCUGGCCCCCGCAGUGCCCCUCGGCCCCGGGAUUAGGUGGCAAGGGGAUGGCAAGGCCCAACCAGCCAGGAUGGCCUGAGCCUGGUGGCAACGGGGGUUGCUUUCCCCCGUCCCCUCAGAGGGGAAGGGGCAGCGGAAAGCGGAUGCCCUGCUCACAUCUCCUGCCCACAGGCAGCCAUGAAAGAUCCCCUUUACCCCAAGGGUCUGAGCCAAGGGUGCCGCUGGCAGUGCUGUGGGGCAGGUGGACAACCCAGCAUGGGGUCUGCGAGGGGGAAUGGCUGAGCGCCUGUCCAGGGCUUCCCAGGAAAGAAAGAAAGAGAAAAAGAAAGAAAGAGAAAAAGAAAGAAAUUCAGCAUUUCUGUGAUAAGAAGAUCUUCCUGCUGCUGCCGCCCCUUGGAGCAGACUUGGGGUGUGUUUUCCCUGGCCGGGGGUGCCUAGAGAUGGGCAUGCAGCAGCAGGCAAAGGGAUGCAUGGUACAUGGCACAGUGCAGCGGGAUGAGCUCAGCCUUAGGUAUUGCUGGCACCAGGGCUGGGCUGGAGGGCCCCAGAUGUCACCAGGAAGGUGUCCAGGAUGGAAGCAGGUGAAUGACAGUUGGUUCCAUGGGUGCAGGAGGGAUCCCCCACUCCAUGGGGACGGUGCAGCCAUGCCAGCCAUGUCCAAGGCCAUCUCUCCCCUGCGCAGCAGGUCAGCUGUCUCUAACAUUGAUUUCUCCCCAUUACAUUUACACAUAGGACUUGGACAAGGUGGCUGGCCAUGAGCGCCAGCCCUGCCAUAUGCCUCACACAGCUCCUCACCCAACGCAGCCUUGCUCCAGGCGGGUCUUGUCUCGGCACCAGCAUUUCAGUUCUCGGUCCCAAUCUCCAGCGAGGUCCGGGAUUCUGACAACUGACUAAGCAGCCCUCCAGUCCUCCCCCACUGCCUCCGAGUCCAUCCCAGCACAGCAGCUGUGCAGUACACAGCCUUUGCUGGGCCAGGGCAGCCUUGCCCAGUCUCCAAACCGGUAGCUUUAUCCAUCCAUUCCAUGGAUGGUUUGAAACAGCAGAAACGGGGAGAGGAUGACUCCCACAGCUGGGCAGGGUGAAGGUCUCCCUGCUCGGGUGCCAGCAGGACCUGCACUGCUCCAGACAAUAUGGAGGCCAGGUUUCACCCCAGUGGUUUGGCUGCCAGCCCACACUGGCCUGGCUUUGCUGGUGGGCUGGGGAAGUGAUGCCUAGCCAGGAGCCCUGGCUGCUGCCUGCAGACAGUGCCCUGCCUGGCUGCAUGGGCAGCAGCCUCACGCAGGACCCCCACUGCCUCCAUGGCUGGUGUGGGCAGGACGUAGCUGCAGGCAGUGAUCAGACCCCAUUUCUUUCCAAUUGAGCUUGAAAUCUCUUCAAAACCAUCACCUUCAUAGACCAUAUGGGCUUAGCCUGCCAGAGCUCAACCGCAGCGUCCCCACGCAGUCAGAGGUGUCUAUUUUUGUAGUUCAAUAUUUAUAUACUGUAUUAAAAUGCUUUUAUGAGAUUCUCAGCAACAGUCCCUAGGCCAGCUCUUUGGUAAAAACAACCCCCCAACCAUACAGGCUACACUAGCAGGACGGAAAUUAGUAGCUUUUGUACCUUUUCUUUGGCUGUGAUGUGAAACCAUUUCUUGAAUGGCUUCAAGAAAUAGUUAGGCUUCAGAGGGUAAGACCUUUCCUGCUCCCCGAGAGCACUCUCGAGGGCUGGGACCCCCCACUCCACAGCUGUUGCCAUGGUCUGUAAUGCACCUCUGAGUGUGGGGAGAAGCCCAGCAAAGCCACAUCUAGGCAGGUUCCCCCAGCAGGAUCUCUGGGAGCAGUCAGCCUAGUUGAAGCCCUGCAGAAGUUUGCAGCUCCUGGGGAUGAAGGGAAAGCCCUCAGGGGAAAGUUUUGCAGCCCCUGACACAUCUGGAGCUGCUACCUUGGGAGUGCAGAACCCAUCAGAGUCCCCACUGGCUGCCACCUGCACCCCCUGACUGUCACCCCCUGCAGAAGGCUGUAAAAAGCUUGGACAUGGCACACUCAUACCCUGGCUGCAACACAUUGUGUGCCCAAACUGCCUUCCCAGGGCAGGUGGGGUGCAGGGCAGCAUGGGGUACAUUGGUAGUACCCAGCUGGGGUGUAAGCACCUGGGUAUAGUUGCACAAAGGAGAAAAGCCCUAAGUCUGCUCUCAGGAAGGCUGCAGGAUGCUUCCCACCUGUUAUUGCAAAGGGAUUUAAGGUGGGCUCUGCCCACGCCCUAGCUCUGGCGCUCACAAGGGGUGCUGUUGCCUACCCUCAGGGAGCAAGGGGCACUUGGUGCUGCAUCACACCAGCAGCGCCCGGGGCUGCAGCAUCGUAGCCAGCCUGGUGGUGCCACACUGGUGGGUGCUGUUUGGCCUUUGAAAUUGCUGUUUCUCUCAGGUUCAGAGAGGUUCUGCUGAGGAUUUGUCUCUUCUCUUUUAAUGUGAAAGAGGGCAAUAUGUGUCUGUGUGCUGUUUGGCUGUUAGCUGUGGUGUGCACAGCUGCUUUCCCCUCUCCUUCCCUGACAAUCCUGAUAGAGUACGUUGCAUUUUUAUUGUGAAGUCCUUGAUGGUGUUAAUGGUGUUCAUGACUGACCUGAGCAUUGAAAGGGGAAGGGAGAGGUAUGAUCCUCCUGUGUAAAUACCUUCCUAGCAAUCAUCAUUUUUAGUGCCUAGUAUGUAAAUGAAGCAACCCUGUCUGAGCUGCAGGAUCCUUUCCUCUUCACUAAUUAGCAGCUUGCUCAAGAAGUUGAUCUUAUUUCCAGGCCCUCUUUGCUCUUCCCUCCUCCUGAUGCUCCCUGGGGUUUGUGGGCAGCCAGGCAGGCCCUGAGCCCUGCAGCCCUUGGAUGUGCAGGCAGAGCUGCCAACAGGUAGGGGGUAGUUGUUUCCCAAAGGGAUGGAGAGGGAGCACCUCAGUUUCCCCCUUCAUGCCAAUGUAAUGUGCUUUGAAAUGAGUUGUCAGGGUGAGCUCUGUGCUUUUCCCUGGGCUCCCUUGCCUUGGAGCAGGAAGGAUCAGCUCCUGCGUGCUGUACUGCUGCUUUUCAGGGAGGGGGGAAAGCUCUAGAGAUAUUAUAUAUAUGCUUAUACAUAUACACACACGCAUAUAUGCACUUGUUUUGAAGGGAAAAUACUGUAUGAUUGUAAUAGAAAUGAUGUUGAGAUAAAUUAUUUUAAUCUUUGUAUUUAUAUAAAAUGAUCAGAGAGCGAAAUGAUCACAAAAAAAAAAAAAAAAAAAGGAAGAGAGAACAAAGACAGCGUUCUUAUUUUUUAAUGAGUAGGCUGCUGUUAGCCCCAGGGAGCAGCGGGAGCCUGGGCAGCACCUGCCCUUCUCUCCCACAGAAGGAGGCUCUUACAGACCCCCUGGUCUUGGACUGUAAAUGAGUCCCAAGUCUGUCAGGUAUAACAGGGAUCUGUAGAUGCAUUUAGGAGCCCAAAGACUGCACACAGCUUCAACCUGUGCUGUAUACCUGACACGCAUCGACUGAGGAGUGUAACUGCUGAUGCCAAUGUGCUUUGUAUGGAACGAGCGGUGUUUAAUGUUGACUCGUAAAGCUUAAUGAUUAGACUGAAAUGGAUGCAUAGCAAUAAUGCUCAGUUGUUAAGCAAUGUCUUAUGUAUAAAACACAACCUGCUGAGAGCUUUCUGCAUACAGACUAACAGCCGGGCACUUCUCUGCACCCCUUUUCUGUUCUACACUUCUGAAGAGGCUCAUGGGUUUGGUGUGUUGGGUUUGCUAAUCUCUCUUUUCAUUAUUAUUAUUAUUAUUAUUAUUAUUAUUAUUAAUUAUUAUUAUUUCCUAAUGUUCCCUCAGAAAGUGAUGUCCCAAAUUGUAUGUAGAGUGAGUGACGGGUGGGGAGGAGAUGCGCCCGGUCCUCUCACUGCAGCUCUGACUGUGCUGGAGCCAGAAGCAUCAGGAGGCAGAGCCAGAGCCAGUCCCCUGGACUUAACAUUAACCCCAGGCAGACCAGUCAGGAAGUUCUCCCUUUUGCCCCUGCUAAUUAUAAAGCCAUAUUUUCUGGAUGUGUUUGAUGAGGCUCAUCUAAGUGCUCCUGGCUGAAUCCUUCCCAUCCCUGCUGUAAGGGUGCCAUUGUGAGGGCUUGAGUCGUGCAGCCACUCCCCGAAAAUCCUGUUGGGAGGCUUCAAGACCUUCCCCGCUGCUGCAAGGCAUUGUGCAGAGACCUGACCUCGGGAAGCUUUGCCCAAGGCAGAGCCCAAGGCUUCCCAUAAACUGCCUUUCCUACAAGCAAAGUUGGGUGCAGGGCACAGUUGAUGGGUGCUACACAGGGGCAGCUGCUGCAGGCAGCCGAGGGGUGGUCUUUCCUGGACACCCAGGAAAGCUGGGGGUGGUGCAGCAAAAAAGGUCAUAGAAUCAUAGAAUGGUUUGAGUUGGAAGGGACCCUACAAUCAUUUAAUUCCAAUACGCCUGCCAUGGGCAAGGACACUUCCCACUGGAUCAGCCUGCUCAAGGCCCCACCUGAAGUGACUGGAGAGCAGGAUCCAGCAGUGGUCAGGGGUUGCUCUGCUCUGUACAGAGCACAUCCAUGCACCAGUUCACCAAAAUAAGCUCUAAGGAGACAGAGGAGUGGGAGCACGGCAGUGCUGUCUGGCUAGCUCUCCUGACAGAAAGGCCAAGCAGCAGCACACUGAUGGACUUGCAUUUUUGGGACCCAGGAAAACACUUUGGGGCCCUCAUACGCAGACUUUGUGCACUGGCUCCUGCUGCCCCAGUGAAACUGUGGCAUCCUGCCUUUCUCCAGGAACACCAUCCCUUGCUUCCCAGCAGCCUUGAGGAGCCAAUCUCCCUGCAGUGACACUGCAGCUGCCUCGGUGCAUGUCUUUUCUUGUCACCCUCUUGCACUGUCAGUGCUUGGCUGCCAAGUCCUACGAGGAAUGUGACAGGAGGGGAGAGAAAGCUCCCUUAUAUCCAUAGGUUGCCUCACUUUGUGGACAAGAUCAGGAAUGCCAGUGUGUCAGGGCUCGGUAAACAAGAGAAACCUGGGAUCAAUGAGCCCAGCAGCCAUGGAAGAUCCUGCCAGAUGACAGACACAGCCUGUAAAAGCACAAAGAUAGAAGUGUUGUGUCUCCUCACUGGUUAAAGCUGUCUUUUGUUUCCAAGGGCAGGUUCUGCCUCUGUCUCCUCUCUGCUGCCUGGGGUCUCACCCUGCAAUGAUGCUGCCAUCCCAGCUCCCUGUUGCAGCCCUGCGAAAGGCCAGCACCUGUGGGCAGAGGGAUACAGAGCAUGACACUCAACACUGCCACCAUAUCCAAUCCCUUCUUUUCACCCUCCCUCCCCUAACGCCUCUGGGCAGGAACAGGGUGGUGAAGCUGCCAGUAUAAGAAGUUCCCCCAACACAAACACAAGAGGCACCAGGUCCUCCAUGGGGCGUGGGGAUGCCUCCUGCCUAUUUCCGAUAGAUUUCACUGACCUUAUGGCUACCAAAAAAAUCUCCUUUCCUGUUAUUGCAAUUACAGCAAGCAUGAAGCUAUCAGGUGAUGGGAAUCCCUCAAAUCUUUGUUCUGUCUGAAAAAAAUGGACCCUUUCUGCCCCAGAGGCACAUGUAAGGUGCUGAGCCACAGUGCAGCAGGGACAAGCAUCAUGUGUUAUCACUUGUGUGUUUCAAGGUCAGGCAGAAGGUCAUUGUCCCCUCUGUCCUCGCUGAGCAUGUCACAGGCCUCCUUUGGGAGGGACACCCUGUCUGCCUGGCAAGAGCUGUGCUCAGGGGACAGGGAGGGUU